GAAUCGUGUGUGCAUGCGCCUGAAGUAGGAAGUGUCACUUAAUUUUUUGGAAACUCUUGUCUGCCAGUCCCACACCAUGAACUACGUGGGGCAGCUGGCGGAGACUGUGUUUGUGACGGUCAAAGAACUAUACCGGGGCCUGAACCCGGCCACACUUACGGGGGCCAUCGACGUCAUCGUGGUUUGUCAGCCCGACGGCAGCCUCCAGUGCUCUCCGUUCCAUGUGCGCUUUGGCAAGCUGGGGGUGCUGCGCUCCAAGGAGAAAGUGGUGGACAUAGAGAUCAAUGGGGAGCCAGUUCACCUGCAAAUGAAACUGGGGGACAAUGGAGAAGCUUUUUUUGUGGAGGAAAAUGAGGAUUUUGAGUCCAGAGUGCCAGCCCACCUCUGCACGUCGCCCAUCCACAUGGAGCUGCUGGAGGUGGCCGAGGAAACCUUAGAGGGGCUCCCCAGUUCCGGAAGCACGCGAAGGAAAAAGAGGCGGCGAGUACGCAUACGCUCCGACUCCCACCGACGAGAAGAUGGUAGCUCCUCAUCCGACGAGAGGGAAAGGGAGAGAGCGAGGGAGCAGUCAGGAGAACAGGAGAGCCACUCCAAAGAAGAGCCCAGCACGCACAUGCUUGCCAGUAAGUCUGUGUACUUCUCGCUGUCAGAGGAGCCGCAUGAAGAGUUGGUGGCCGUGCAGACCAGGGACGUCCACCCUCACUCUGAUGGAGAGUGGUCCCCCUCAGAGAGUGUGUUCUAUAGUCGUCCUUCCUCCCCCAAGAGUGACUCUGAGCUGCUGGUGAAGCCUCCGGAGUCUUCAGGGCCUCCGAUGCAGUGGAACUGGGGCGGCUUUCCCGAGAUGUGUCCAACGGAGAGAGAGAGGGUGGAGGUGCAGCAUGUCUCUGCUGGCAUCCACUGCUCGGACAGCUCCCACUUCCGCACCAUCCAGCGGCAGGACUCCUUCGACAUGGGCUUGGAGCCCGGGGUCCACUUUGUCCGAGAGAGCAGUAGCGUCACGGUGGUGGUCAGGCCCACGCCCAGGACCGGACCAGCGGUCCAACCCACAGAAAGUUCAUGCAUAGACCUGGAGAGAGCCUCCAAUAUGACCCACCCCACCCCGAAUCACCACACCUCAGAGCUUCUCUCAGAACCGCUAACAUUGGCAUCGUUAGCGAUGGCUAACAUAGAAUCGCCCCAAGCCCCAGGGCUGAGAAAAACAAAAAUGCAGCCACAAGUAGAGACCCAGCAGGCAGGGGAUGAAGUAGCCGAGGAGUCCCCAUCCAACCCGGAGCUGGAAGACUCCAGAAACUCCCUGGCUAACACAAUUAGUAUUGCUAAUGUAGACAACACUGAUAGACAAGCUAGCGAAGAAAGCACAGCAAAUGUUGAAUGUGUAGCUAACAACCUGGUUAGCCAAGUUGAAAACGACUGUAUAGACACACAUAUCCCAUCCAUAAAAGGUAGCAAAGCUGGCACAAUCAGCGCAGACAGGCUAGCUAGCGACAGCACAGCUACUUUAGAUAACAAGGCUAGUUUGGCUAACACAACUAGCUAUGCCAGCGCAGCCAACUUAGGUCUCAUUACCACAGAGUAUCUGGGUAGCAGAGCACAACCAGAACAGCACAGUGCCUUUCCAGAACCCAAUGGACAAGGGCCAGAAGUUGUCUUGAGUGAGGGUGACAGCGGGAUUGAGCCCUGCACUGAGGGAGGGGAGAACACAGAGAACGGCUCUGAAAUGAUGGACAAAGCCGUCUCCCUGACCAAUCAGGCUGCAGAGAGUGUCGGAGUGACAGACUUGUUAGCCACUGAGGCUCUGGGGGAGGAGCAGUCUUGCUCAGCAGACCACCAGGACAAGAAGAAAGGUAAACGCAGUCAGCACCUUGGACCCUCUGACAUCUACCUGGAUGACUUGUCUAACCUGGACCCAGAGGUGGCAGCUCUCUACUUCCCACCUAAAAGUGAGGCAGAAGGAUGCUCGCGGCUCAGUGCGGAGCAAGGGUCCGGUUCUGGUAACCAGUCUCCCCAGUCGGUGGGCAGUGGGGCCAUGGACAGCGGCACAGAGUACCUGUCUGACUCUACUACUGACCACAUGGACGUUACAAUGUCCCUCUGCGGCCAUACCGGGCACACCAGUCAAAUCAACAAAGAUCAGUUUAUGGAGCACGUUGUGAACUACCAGGAUUUGGUGAGCAACCCUGGAAUCAUCGAAGAUCCAAACCUGGUUAUCUGCAUCAACUCAAAGUAUUAUAACUGGGCAGUGGCUGCCCCUAUGGUCCUGUCAAUGCAAGUUUUUCAAAAGAAUAUACCAAAGAGUGCCAUUGACCAGCUGGUGAAGGACAAGAUGCCCAAAAAGUCUGGCCGCUGGUGGUUCUCCUGGAGGAGGAAGGACAUGGACACUAACUCAAACCAGACUGGAGAGAACUCUAAGCAGGACCAAGAGGAGGCACAGACCAAGAAUGAUGUCUCAACCUCUGUGUCUGUCACUGGUCCCUCAACAACCAUACUGGCGACUCUGGAUGACCUGACUAGUGACGAGGAGGCCGGCCUAGGCAGAGUGGGCAACCUAUCAUCAGAGACCAUAAACACUGCCCAGUGUUUUAGCCAAAUGUACCGCAAGUCCCUACGCCUCACCUCCGAACAGAUAGAGCGGUUGAACCUGCGUGAGGGGGCCAACAAGGUUACGUUCAGCGUAACCACUCAGUACCAGGGCACCUGUCGCUGCGAAGCCACCAUCUACCUGUGGAACUGGGACGACCACGUCGUCAUCUCAGACAUCGAUGGCACCAUCACAAAGUCUGAUGCCCUGGGUCAUAUCCUACCUCAGCUGGGGAAAGACUGGACACACCACGGCAUUGCCCGUCUCUACCAUAAAAUCCACCAAAACGGAUACAAGUUCCUCUACUGUUCGGCGCGGGCCAUUGGCAUGGCUGACAUCACCAAGGGCUACCUGCAGUGGGUGAACGACAAAGGUACCGUCCUCCCCAAGGGCCCCGUGCUGCUGGCCCCCAGCAGUUUCUUCUCUGCCCUGCACAGAGAGGUGGUAGAGAAGAAGCCGGAGGUGUUCAAGAUUGCCUGCCUCACCGACAUCCGAGACCUGUUCAACCCCCAGAGGAAGCCCUUCUAUGCAGCCUUUGGCAACAAGACCAAUGAUGCCAAUGCUUAUAAGGAAGUGGGUGUCCCUGACACCAGGAUCUUCACUGUGAACCCCAAGGGAGAGCUCAUUCAGGAGAAGAACAAAGGGAGCAAGUCCUCGUACACUCACCUGAGCGAGCUGGUGGAGCACUUCUUCCCUAUGAUCUCUGAGGAUGGGAGGUCGUCCUCCUUUGACUUCCCCGAGUUCAGCCACUUCUCCUACUGGAGAGAGCCCCUACCACCACUGGACCUGUCCACUCUGGAUUAGACACACACUCGCCAUGGGACCUGUCCACUCUGGAUUAGACACACACUCGCCACGGGACCUGUCCACUCUGGAUUAGACACACACACACACACACUUGCCACUGGACCUGUCCAUUCUGGAUUAGACACACACACACACACACACACACACUUGCCACUGGACCUGUCCAUUCUGGAUUAGACACACACACACACACACACACACACACACUCUCGCCACUGGACCUGUCCACUCUGGAUUAGACACACACACACACACAGUUGCCACUGGACCUGUCUACUCUGGAUUAGACACACACACUGUCUGGGGUGGCAGGUAGCCUAGCCAAAAGGUUGCUGGAUCGAGUCCCCGAGAGGACAAGGUAAAAAUCUGUCUUUCUGCUCCUGAGUAAGCCAGUUAACCCACUGUUCCCCGGGCGCUGAAGACGUGGAUGUUGAUUAAGGCAGCCUUCCGCACCUCUCUGUUUCAGAGGUGUUGGGUUAAAUGCAGAAGACACAUUUCAGUAGAAGCCUUUCAGUUGUACUACUGACUAGACUACUGUACAACUGACUGAUUUUCCUUUCUCCUUCUCUCUCAUCGCCCCUUUUUUCCCUCUUUUGAUCCCUUUCUGAGUUCAGAAAUAUUUUUAAUUGAUAAGCAUUGAUGGCCAGGAAUAUUGUAGAUGUGCAAGGUUCUCAUUUAAUAUACUCUGUUUUAUGUUGAUUCAUCUGAUGCAAUUGACAACUAAAGUUUCUGGCUUUCAGCUAAAUGUACACAUGCACAGAUGACACUGCAUUUUACGCAACACUAUAUACUUCAUAUUGUGCAAUACUUGAUUGCAAAAAGACACUGCACUGGCCAUACCAUAUUGCCAUUAUCCAAAUGAUACUGGCGCAAUGUGCAUUUGUGCUGCUCAAGAAUUCCAGUUAUAUUUACAUUUUAUUCGUUUCGCACAGGGUUUUCCAAACUUUUUGAUUCAGGCCCACCUUUCCAGAAUUUGAGAACAAUAAGUAAGGUAACUUAUUUGAAAAGUAAUUUAUUACAUUUCUCAUUUUCUUGAACGUUUGUCAUAAUUAGUUAAACCAAUGAAUUUGUAUCCGCUCUCGGACUUCGACUGCUUAUUUUCUUCAAAUCUGAAAACGUUGAAGUCACGCCCAUUUUCUGAAUAAUUACAUUAUAGGCCCUUAAGCACGGAAAGAGUGUCCACUGCUUGUAUACUUCGUAUUUUGACAAAUGUAGUAUUCGAACACAGCUAUAGACAUGGUAUCUACGAGUUCACCGGAUUCUUAAGAAGUAGAUAAAGGGCCUCAUCGGCAUUUUGGCAAAGUAUCCCUUUAAUUAUAUUUAGAAAUAUAUAUAUUUUUGUCAUCCUAAGUGAUACCAAUUACUCUGUUUAGAGAGACAUUGCAUUGGACCUGAAGAUCCUUGUUAUUUUCAAAUGAUCUACACUGAAGACAAAAUGUGAAGUGUUGGUCCCAUGUUUCAUGAGCUGAAAUAAAAGAACCCAGAAAUGUUCCAUGUGCACAAAAA